AGCGGCAACAAUAUAAGUGACGUGGGUUUUUUGGGUUAGUUUUAAUGCAACCACGGAGGCUGCAGUCUGCCUCAGGAGCUCUACGCCUGGCAGCGGCGGCAACAGCAGCAGCAGCAGCAAUUGCAACGCUUUUUAACCCUUUCCCUGCAGACACAGCCCCGCGCCCCCGCCGCAGAAAGCUGCUCCUAUCUCUCCGAUCGCCCAGGUUCCCAGAGGCCUCGGUUGCUUCUUCCUUUCUGAGGGCGACCCGGUAGGUUGGGCAGCUGCGCGAUUGUAUACACUUUGCCCGGAGGUCAUCCAUAAUAUGCAGGAAGCGCCGCCUUCGUCUGUCCGUGGGAGGCACAUUGAUCGAGGCCGCGUCCUGCUCUGAAGCCCACUUGCUCCAAGCCUUCCUGCUGUUGCAAUGGAUCUGUCGCGGAUUUGGCACUUGGCGAUUGUCUUUUGCCUAACGUGCGUGCUGGUCAAAGUCAUCCAGUUGCAUCGCCGGAGACAGGAGCUACUGAAGGUUUUGAGCUGUUUCCCGGGGCCCCCCACCCACUGGCUGUAUGGGCACAUCUCUGAGGUAGGCGAAAAGAGAGGAGACUUAUUGUGCAUGGGAGAAAAGCAGCUUCAAAUCCGGACGCCGCCGCAGCGCACAAAGCAUCGCGAGGUGGGGUGGGGGUGAGGCACGGGUCCAGCAUCAUCCGGAGAACCUGAUACACCCUUCUGAAUCCUCCACCCAGGGCCACCCGUCCCAGGGGCGUGUGAGUGCACGUAAAAACUCGCCUACUACGGUACAAAGGUGACAUUUACAUUCAUUACUGUGCCCAUUCCCCCUCCUUGGUGAAAGCUUUGCCCACAAGGAAAUGUGGCUGGAAAAGGGCUGAAAAAGUUUCCCCAUCCCCGAUCCAAAGAGGUGUUGCUUGCAACUGAGUAAAAUUCACAACUAUUAAGAGACAUUAUUAUUAUUAAUGGAUUGUAUCAUUUAUUAAUAAAUAAAAACACGCAUUAUUUACCGGUAUGUGCUUUGAUUAAACAACUGACUUUUAGAAGACAUCUGAAUGCAGCCCUGUUUAGGGAAGUUUUUAAUUUUUGAUGUUUUAUCACUUUUUAUUUAUUAUUAUUAAUAAUAUUCUCUUGGGAGCCACCCAGAUGGGUGGGUAUAAAUAAUAAAUUGUUAUUGUUAUUAAGUUAACAGAAGCAAUUAGAGCAAGGAAGAUGCCUUUAUAUGGAGUCAGACCACUGGCCCAUGGAGCUCGGAUUGGUAGCAACUCAGCCUGGAGGAAAAGGUUACAUUGUAAAUUUCUGAAGUAUGAAGCCGAACCUGAAUAAGAAAGGCAGCAGACCUUUGAUCCUACCUGGUGACCUGAAAACACAAUGACUUGUUUAUCUAGAUUGACCAAUGUCACCUUGCAUGUUUAUGAACCUUAGGUGGCAUUCAAGUGAGUUCUACUCAGACCAGACCCAUUGAAAUGAAUGUUGAUGAUUAAGUUAGUUUGAUAAAUUUCAGUGAGUCUACUUUGAUUAAGGCUUAGUUUAAUACCACCCCUUGAGCCAUUUACAUUAACAGCUACAGCCACAUUUUGCGGCAUGGAGUUUGUUUUCCCACACUUCUCUGAUCAGCGAUUGGGAUAAAGUUCUGCUCAGAUGAAGCAGACCAGAGACAAUAUAUUGUUAAAGUUUGUGGUGUGCCUGGUCUCACCUUCUAAUUCCUGGACCCCCUUCUCAUUUCUGGGUGCCAGAUGCCGAAUUUAGCAAUGUCAAAAUAUAGGCCAAUCCAGUUUUUCUGUGUUCAGGAAAUAGCCUGGAGAAUUAAGUCCAUGGGUCUUGCUGUGGUUUAUAUCUUUUCUGUUCAGUUUUGUUCUGUUUAUUCUUCCAGGCGUUAUUUCCAUGUUCAUGUUCCCCUUGUGCAGUUACACAAUCUCCAUCACAUAUAAAAUGCUUUUUCUUUACCAACCUAGUGAUGACAUAUUUUUUUUAUUUCAGCAGGCAUUUUAAUUGAAAUUUUAUUUUAUAGUUUAGUUUUAUAGUUAAACAUUCCAGGUUUAUUCCUUCUCCCGUAUUGUGCUGGAUCCUAGUUCUAUCACUCUCAAGCAUCAUUUAGAUUGAAUGUUUGUUCUGAUCCCUUCAGGAAAAUAUUCCACCUUCGCCUCCUUCUUUGCUCUCUUAAUUUGUUGCAGCUCUUACCUGUUUCCAAGGUUUUCCAGAAGGUAGAAAACUGGAGCCUUCUGUAUCCAUUUGCCUUUCCUUUGUGGUUUGGGAACUUCUCUGCCUGUGUAACUAUCACACAUCCUGAUUAUGCAAAACCAUUACUCGCAAGAGCAGGUAAAAAAAAAAGGCAUUGAUAUCUGGUUGAUUGGGGUACAUGUGCAUUGUUGACAUCCUAGUUAUUCUGAUACAACAAGUUGCAGAUGCCAAUGAUAAGUUCCAGUUAUCCACAGUGGGGAAAAGGGAAGUCACAGAUGCUAUAUUAUCCACCAGAUUUGCAUGGUGUCCCACGCUGCCCGUAAGUAAAUCUGACCUAUGCAGCAGAAAAACCAGGUUUCCCCAAAGGAGUGGAAUGGAACAUCAGGAGUUGGGGAGCUGAUGGUUGCUUUAUCUGGCUUUUGGUAAGCCACACACACAAAGCAGGAGACCUUUGUAGGACUUCUCAAUGAAGGGGGCAUGGUCGUAGUCAGGAUUUAUUUUAUGGGGGGCAGCCUUGGGGGGGCAGAACCAAGUUAUCUGUGACACAAUUGGUCAGUUUGUUAUUUUUACUUAUUUACUCCCCCCCCCCGGCUACACCCCUGGAUAAAGGUAGGCUAGGAGGAUUGGCUGUUUCCAGCAGGCAUUUAAAUCAGCGCAAUAAUGCACAACAGCAUUUAGUUGCUAGCUUUUUCAAUUAGAAUUGCAAAAGAUCUGCCUGUGUUCCUAUCUAGAUGGACAUGCAAUAUCCUGUGUGAUUCUUUCACAUGUACCAUCAUCCUGAAUCAUGUGGGAACUGGUUCGCUACAUUAGUAAAUGUACCACUCACAGCUUUAUGGUCUCUUCUCUAAAUACAGGUGAGUGCUAUGAGUUAGUACUGAGUUUUGUCUUCUUUGCUCUUCUUCACUUUCUCUCUUGCCCUUUACAGAACCAAAGGACAGCUUGGCCUAUCGGAACAUAACUCCAUGGAUAGGUAUGUAUGUUUGAGGCCUUUAUUAUGAAGAAGAAUUAAUGUAAGUUCAUAACAGGCUGUAAAUACUGUAAAUAGCAUAGGUUCUCUAGGAAUUAAAAAGGUGUACAUUCUGGGACUGUCGGUGUGGGCGUUCCACAUCUAGAUUUUAAAUGUUUUGGGUUUUGUUUUUUAAAAUUUUCCUCUUAAGUAUACUGCCCAUGACAUUUAUUUUGGAAGAUAUUUAAAUAAAUAAAUAAAUAGAAUCCAAUAGGAUAGUGAAUUGGAUCCAGAUACUAGCUGGGCUAUUUAGGUGUGAUUUCUGAAAACUAGAAGUAAAAUCUGCAAAGUGUUAUGAACUAAUAAAAUUGUAGACAGGGGGAAAUGCACUGUUUUGUGAGCAGAUUUCUCUUCAUGCAGUGGGACUUCACCAUCCUCUCCUCCUCCCUGCAGCCCUCAUGUGCCCUCAAAAUCUUUCCUCGGGGUCUCCAACCACCAGAUCUGGUUUUGAGAGUGUGUGGGAAGCUGCAGAGGAGAGGAGGGGAAAGUUCCUUCACACAAGCAGAAGCCUCUUGCACUAGCAGAAUUGGAAUGUGGGAUACCACCCUGUUUGUUUGCAAUACUUUAGCUACAUUUAACUUUAGAUAUCGGAAUGACAUUUUAUACACACGGCCACAGCACAAUUCUACGUUUCAGGUUUGAAUUCCACAUCAAUCCCCAUACUUAUUUUCAAGAAGAGGGUGGAGAGUAAACUAUUGUGUAAUGCAGUGUCACCUUUGAGCACUGAGGCAUCAGAACGACAGGUGGCAUGCAUGCUUAAGGCAACUUGCUGUGUUUGAAACAUGAAUCCCAGCUCAAACAUGAACCUCCACCUAUUUUUAUAGACCUGCUACAGGCGGAAAAGAGUAAGAGAGAGAAAGGAAAGAAAGAAAGAAAGAAAGAAAGGGGGAGAGAGAGAGAGACAUGUAGAGCAAGGAGCAAGUAUAGAAAAUUCACAACAAGUUCACUCAAACCAGACAGACAGCAAGUAAGCCAUAAAUGCAAACAUGAAAUUGAAAAGGCCUGAUUGAUACUACAAAAUCAAGAACCUUAGGGCAGAUUGUGACAAAAUGUGUCUAUUUUUUGCCAUUUGGCUACAAUUUGUUGUUGUUUAGUCAUUUAGUCGUGUCCGACUCUUCGUGACCCCAUGGACCAGAGCACACCAGGCACUCCUAUCUUCCACUGCCUCCCACAGUUUGGUCAGACUCAUGUUUGUGGCUUCAAGAACACUGUCCAACAAUCUCGUCCUCUGUCGUCCCCUUCUCCUUGUGCCCUCAAUCAUUCCCAACAUAAGGGUCUUUUCCAGGGAGUCUUCUCUUCUCAUGAGGUGGCCAAAGUAUUGGAGCCUCAGCUUCAUGGUCUGUCCUUCCAGUGACCACUCAGGGCUGAUUUCCUUAAGAAUGGAUGCGUUUGAUCUUCUUGCAGUCCAUGGGACUCUCAAGAGUCUCCUCCAGCACCAUAAUUCAAAAACAUCAAUUCUUCGGUGAUCAGCCUUCUUUAUGGUCCAGCUCUCACUUCCAUACAUCACUACUGGGAAAACCAUGGCUUUAACUAUACACUACAAUAUAUUGGCUACAAUAGAAAUGUAAAAAAAAGUAAUCGACCUCUGGACGGUUAAGUCCAGUCAAAUUCGACUAUGGGGUGUGGCGCUCAUCUCGCUUUCAGGCCAAGGGAGCCGGCGCUUGUCUGCAGGCAGCUUUCCGGGUCAUGUGGCCAGCAUGACUAAACUGCUUUUGGUGCAACGGAACACUAUAACGGAAGCCAGAACACGUGGAAACGCUGUUUGCCUUCCUGCCAUAGCGGUACCUAUUUAUCUACUUGCGCUGGUAUGCUUUUGAACUGCUAGGUUGGCAGGAACUGGGAAAGAGCAAUGGGAGCUCACCUCGUUGCACAGAUUCAAACUGCCGACCUUACAAUUGGCAAGCCCAAGACGCUCAGUGGUUUAGACACACAGCGCCCGCCCCCGCCACCCCCCUGGCUACAAUAGAACUGCCAACUAGAUCCUCAAUCCAAGCAAUCUGUGGUUCUGAUUGACAUCUCAAAAGCUCCCAUCUUUUUCUCUACUUGUAUCAGGUACCUGUUUCUCCAGUGACUGGAGGAAAUAAACAGAGAGAGAAAGAAAACAAUUGUAGCUGAAUUCUGAUGGCUAGAGAAGAUUGUUCUGUUUGAUAUACCAAGACUCUUAUGUUUGUAGAUGCUCAAUUGAAAGAAAAUGUAUGUGUUCCUAUAGGGAAAGGCUUGCUCGUCCUGCAUGGGCCAAAGUGGGCACAGCAUCGAAAGCUUCUCACUCCAGGUUUCCAUUAUUCCAUUUUGAAACCCUAUGUGACGCUGAUAGCAGAGUCUACAAAAACAAUGUUGGUAAGUCCUGUUGCGGUAACUACUUGGCUUUGUUGGAACAUGUUGUUGUUGCUGAUGCUGCUUUGUUAAAAUCAUUUCAAUUAAUAUUUAACCAAGAGUUGAAAUAUAAAAAUGAGAUAGUACUAUAUGGUGGAGUGAAGCAACAAUGCAUAGUUAGAUCCGUGUAUUGGCUACUGAAGGAGUUGUUAGUCUGCUCCAACAGUAGGUGGAGCGGUACUCUAUCUUAGUGUGUUAAAGCUUACUUGUCUUUCUCUCCCUGUCUGAUCUAAGCUAGCUUCCUCUCUAACUUCCUCUUCUCCCCUCCAUGCACCCUAAAUUCAUGCCAUAAAAUGUUGCUUGCCGUCUACUGUUGCUGUAAGUGCAAAGCAAUACUUCCACUGUUUGUGAGGCUGACUUGAUUUGUACUAGCAUUCUGUUAAUACUAUAUUGUGAUUCGAGGACCCGAUCCCCGCUUGGGGAAUGUAAGGUUAAUGGGUAAGGUAAAGACCACAACUUUAUUGAUUACAGCAUGUGAGAAGGUAUUGGCUUAGGCACUGGACCACGGAACAUUAGACUCCACCCACUCGUAGAGGGGUGAGUCUGAGGAGGGGUUAACCACCAGUAGGGGAAGCCUGUUGAUGCUAAUCCAACUAUAGGCUCUCUUCCUGAUGUCACCGAGGGUCAUGCCAUGGCCCCCCGCCACACGGGCAUCGGACAGGAUCCACGACCGCCAGAUUCCUUUAGCGGAAUACCCAAAAUUGUCGGGGAAGGCGAUGGCCACCCCUUGCCCCCCAAAACACCAACAACACAUUCCAAUGCCUAACCGCCAAAUACCACGAAAGUUGUGACGGUUGCUACGAGGUAGGCGAAAAAAACCAAGAGGCCGGGCCAAUUUAGCCAAUUGGAAAAAACUCCUACCAGGCCCCCUGGUUAAACAGGGCGACCAACCAGAGGUCCAUAGCAAAGUCUCAGGAACAGCUAAUCUAAAGGGAGUGGAGGGUGGGUGACUCGAAGAAAAUGUGUGUGCAAUGGUGGGGAUGGCUGGUGCGGCUGCGUUUGAGCAGCAAGCCACGCCCCCGCCGAGCUUCCCUAUUGGGUGCCAAACCGGGGAGGGGCGUGGCGCCAGCCCUGGAGUUGAAGCAGGGGGCGAAGCGCCCCCUGCAUGACGCGGGAAUCAUCUCCCGCUCACAACCCCUCCCCUCCUGGGAGGAGGAAAUACUUUUCCCAAUGCUUUUUUAAAAAAUAAUACUAAAAAGUGUUUACCCUCCACUCAAAAAUCAGUAGGGAAGAAGACAGUUGGGCCUCCCUUAGGAAACAAUGCCAAAGUCUUGGGACAGUUGCUGAGAAAGUUGUUGUUAGCUGGCAGCAGGAUUGGUAGAAUUCUAAAGUAAUGAGCUGGAUUACACCUGUUUUAUACACCAGAUCAGUCUGUGCCAACCUGGUGCCCUCCAGGCUGCAGCUCCCAUUAGCCCCAGUCGCUGAGCUAGCUGGGGCUGCUGGGAGUUUGGUCCAAAACAUCUGGGGUACACCAGGCUGGUGAAGGAUGCACCAGGUAUUUUUCCAUACCAUUUAUAUUUACUUAAAAUAUCUUCCGCAGUUCAAGGUGGCUUUCAAAAACAGCAACAUAGAAAAGGAACAAGGAGCAAGAAAAGCCAUCAAGAGACAAGUUUAAAACAUUGUCUCGUUAUUUUAUCAAGGGGCUGCAGCCUAUAUGGGAGCCAUGAAUAAGGGCCAUUUGUCUUAGGGUAUAAAGCAUAUCAGACAGGUUGCUAACAAUCAAAGCUCAAGAAAAGUUUGCUUCAAAUCUGUGUGUCGGGAGUCAGAAAAAGGAGAGUUCUGAUUCUUCUGCCACUUGAUAAAGUCGCAGUAAAGUUGGAUGUGCCCAAAGUCUAUUCUUAAUUGAGACAUAGUUGCAAUGUGUGCCCCAGAGCUGGGAAUGAAGGAUUCUCAAAAGCUGGAAGAGAAAUUGCUGAGACCCAGAGUACAAAGAGAAAACGCAGUAGACAGGCUCCAGACACGCAAAAGGGAGAGGUCCAUUAUUUGGAACUUACCUGUCUUCAUGCUAAUAUUUUCCUACUUAAAAAUCCCCCAUAAGGACUAGACUCUGUGUGCCUUACUCUACCAGAAAUAUUCAGGAAAUCUUUCCAAGUCCUUUGGAUGUUAGGCUCUUUCAGAGUUAGGCCCACCAACCAGUAUAGGGAGAUCUCGCAAAGACACCCCUCUUUUCUGCUUUGCGCAAUGUGCUUUUUCCAUGGUCUAAAAAAACUAGAUUCAGUUUUGCACUCUGAGAACAUCAGCGGUGAGAUUAGCUAUGAACCAUUUCUCAUCUCUUGUCUUAGGAUAAAUGGGAACAGCUGAUCACACAAGGUAAAUCAGUGGAGCUCUUUGAACACGUGAGCUUGAUGACUCUUGACAGCAUCAUGAAAUGCGCCUUCAGUUAUAACAGCAACUGCCAAAUGGACAGGUUAGUAGUAUUAAUGUCUUUUAGCUCUGAGACAAAAGGCUCCUCUCACAGACUAGGAAUGUACUGAGCGGUAAUUUUAAAAGAUCCAUCUGGCUCACCUGAAUUUACUUUCUGCAUUCCACACCAUAGUUCACUGCUCUGAAAUACACAGUUGAUGCCCACUUAAACUACCACAUGUGGCAGUGCUAUUUGCACAAAUAUUUGGGAUUCUCUUAUGAUCUGAUUCAGCGCUGAUUGCUUAUGUAAUUAGAUGAAAACUCCAGUAGCUUACAAAAAUAACCAGAUUUUUCUUAUUAUGCAUAAACAUUAUGUCAUUGAGAAAAUGUUGUUUAUAUUAGUGUAGUAACCUUUCCUUCUCAAAAAUAAAAUAAAAUUGAACUUUUAAUAUAGUAUUUAUAAGAGGUAACAGCAGUAUUAGCAAGUGAAAAGCCAGAGCUUUCUCACACCCUUUUCACAUUUUGAAAUAUUCACCUAUUCAUGUGCUUUGUUGUACGAUUUGGUGCCACAGUGCUGAUUUGGUGGCACAGAGUUAAUUUAAUGUUUUAAAACUAUACUGUAAGAACAAUGUUCAUUGGUAAGAUUUGGCAUCUAAACCAGGAUUUCAUCAUUUGACUUUCAGGGAGAAUUCCUACGUCCAAGCUGUCAUGGAUCUGUGUUGCUUAGUGUACACCAGACUGCAUACAAUCCUGGGUCAGAGUGAUUUGAUUUACUGGUUUACCCCCGAAGGAUAUCGGUUUCGGAAGGCUUGCCAGGUUGCCCAUCAUCAUACAGGUAAUUUCCCUGAAUCAUUCUUUCUUUUUCUGCCUUAGAUUUUAGAAGUCGAUUCAAGCAAUGCCAGGCUGCUACUGACCCAGAGAAUACAGAAGCGGCCAUACACAUUUAAGCUUGUAUCCAAUGCAGUGGCUAAGGAACCAUCCGGUCAGUGCAAAAAAAGAUGCUCGCACAAUAGGACUUUCCUUCUCUUUCCCCUGCAUGUCUCCCUAAAUCUGUUCUGAGGGGGUUCACGUUAUUUUAAAAGGUUGUGUGAAUGAGGCCACUAGCUUGAACAUAGUGAUUAGCUUUGAUUACCAUAUGUUGCUUAUAGUCCUCCUGUUUCCCUAUACAGCUCUUUCUUGUGUGAAGGUCAUGGGAAUCCUCCAGAGUUUAGCAUGCAAAACAUUAAAAUUGUCAUGAAAUAAAAGCCUAUGUCACAUCCACAUCAUCCAUUUAAAGCACUCGUAUAUCACUUUAUCAGAUGGGGAUUCCCCCGAAGGCUCAUGGGAACUAUAGUUUAUUAAGGGCCUCCUAACUAUUCUCUCUCUCUCUCUUUUUUAAAAAACAAUUUUUAUUAAAUUUUCUAUUUUAACAAUCCAAUCAAAUCACAUUAAAUAUUCCAAAUUAUACAAAUACAUAUCAUAUAGUCCAAAUAUUCUGCCAAAUUAUAAAUUUUUGGGGGGACUUCCUAUGCUUCAAGUUUGGGGUGGGGGCUCUGAUCAUCUUAUAUCUCUACUGCCUUGAGUUUCCAAUAGUUCCUUUAAAUCUUCCUGUUGUUAACCUUUCUUCUUUCAUGGCCUCUGAGUUGAAGGCGAGUUGAAGUAAGCAAUGAUGUGCUUCUGUGUGAAUUUUGUAUGCUUGACUCUCCUAUUGUUGCAGCUUGUAAGCCUAUUGUUGCAGUUAUCUCCUCACACGCUGGUGUUUAUGCCGAAUCAGUCCAAAAGUCAUUCCGCUGCUGGCAGACGCCAUCUUCUCUCAGUUCCAAUGAAAUCAAAUCUAGGCAUUUGCUCAUUAAUUUUCCCAGACCGGUUGCAUCAAACAUUAGCCUUUCCAGGGGAGAUUUGCCAAAUCGGACUUGAAGUGCAGAUAUAAUAACAAAUUAAGAGCUCACCUCCCCCUAUGACUAUUUAUCUCUGCAGCUCAGUCUUUCCCAAGUUUUUUGAAGUGUCUCUAGCGGCUAAUGAGAUCCUGCUUCUUUCUAAUAUCAAUAUUUGGAGGGUCUUUUAUCUUCUUCCAAGCAUUUCAAAAAACAAAAGAUUUAAUUAUAUAGUAUUGUUAUUUCCACACAGUUUAUAUUUUCCCAUCUCACUUGCUGUAAAUAAUGUAAAUGGUUCUUCUGGGGGCGAGUUUGUCAGGUAUUGUAAUAAAUCAUAGUAAAAAAAGCUUUACCCCCCCCUCCUUUUCCCUUCCGUUCCAACAUACCAACUUAGAUGUUAUUCUUAGAUGUUAUUCUUUCUUCCUCUCCGUCUCUCUUGGCACCUCAGUGGCUGGCUUAAUUGGCAGAUUAAUUUUCACCUCCUCACUCAAAGCAUGUCCAAAACUUAAAUCCAAUUUUUCAUCUUAAGAAAUGGAACUUAGUGCGCUCGCGGGGACAGCGUCCAGGAGAUCCGAACUCCCUCGGGGGCCUUCCAUCCAGUGCCCCCACCCCCUCCUUCUUUAUGAACUUGGGGGUGGUUUAUUGGGCAUCUGCGGAUGAGACUGCAUCUUCCCUUACACCGGGAAGAAUUUGAGAGGCUGAUUACUCCCAUCUCAGCCUCUAAUUACCUUGUGGGAGCUGGAGCCAUGGUAUUGUCAGCCAUCUUCCGUGCCGCCUCAAGUGGAAGUGGGGCCUCCUAACAAUUCUCAGCAAGAAUUCUAACAAGCUUCAGUUCCCAUAAGUCUUUGUGGGAAACCCUGAAUGUGGUAUAAGAGUCCUUGCUCCAAAUGAAUAUAGUAGAUGUGAACAUACUUGAUGAAGUAUGCAAGAGAUGGAGUCUUAAAAAAGAAUAUUAGUGGUUCAUGCACAUUAAAAUACACUAGCAUGGUGCUGAUAACACCAAGGUUGAAGGUUCAGUCUCUGGGUGGGACAGCUUCAUAUUCCUGCAUUGCAGGGGGUUGGACUAGAUGAUCCUAAGGAUUCCUUCCAACUCUACAGUUCUAUGAUUCUAUGGCAAACAUUCACUUAUCCAGAAAUGUGUAAGGGACUAAACAUAGUCAUUUUAACAAAUCUGAUCAGUGAGCUAGUAAUUUCUGAUGAGCUGUUAUAGUAUUCAUUUUCCGACACAGAUAAGAUAAUCAAAGAGAGAAAGAAAUCUCUGAGGGAUGAAGAAGAACUCCAGAAGAUCCAGAAAAAGCGGCACCUUGAUUUUCUCGACAUCCUUCUCUUUGCCAAAGUGAGUAGUGGGCGGGGGAGGCAUAGUCAUUUCAAUAUUUGAAUCUGUUGCACCAAAUAUAGCUGUGAUUUCCAAGUGACUUGUAAUACUGGUGACACUUUUUAACUUGAAUGUAGGAUCUUGCAACCAUCGUUCAUAAUUUUGCAUACUCGAGGCGAAGCUUCACUAAUUCACUGUCCCAGAGCUUUCCUUGGAAUGUUUGGAAGUUUCAUAUGAUGGAGAAAGCAGUGCGCAACUCUUUUUCUUUUUGGAGAGGGGAAGGAACAAAAUACGAUUGAAGGAAAAUAUUGCACCAGUGUUUCAACAUCUGUACUGACUUCUUUUUGUUUUCAAAGAACAAAUGGUGACAUCAUAUUUAUCCUGCCUUUUGGCACGGCAGAAUGCUGCUACUUCUUCAUUCUGUGCCAAGAAAACCCACAUUCUGUGAAAAUGAAUGUUGCAAAUCAUGCAGUUUUGCAGAUGCAUUGUGCAAAGGGUCAGAAACAAUGGAUCCCUGAAUGAACCCCAGGUGACAUUUAUCCAUCUUUAGGAUGAAGAUGGUAGUGGGCUAUCUGACGAAGAUCUGCGUGCUGAGGUGGACACUUUCAUGUUUGAAGGCCACGAUACCACAGCCAGUGGGAUCUCCUGGCUGCUGUAUUGCCUUGCAACAAAUCCGGAACAUCAGCAGAAAUGCAGGGAGGAGAUCAAGGCCAUUCUGGGGGAACGUGACACCAUCCACUGGUGAGUGCGCAUUUUUAUUGGACAGUUCUCCACAAUACAGGGAAUUUAGGAGAACACACCCAUUUUCCCAAGGAUGUGCCAAGCAAAGCAUGGGUACAGUGGGGGAUAGCACUGAGCUUGCAGGAGAGACCGCCCAGCCCAUCUCAAGGCUCUGGCCAGAGUUUGCCUCAGUACAGUGGUACCUCGGGUUAAGUAUUUAAUUCGUUCUGGAGGUCCGUUCUUAACCUGAAACUGUUCUUAACCUGAAGCACCACUUUAGCUAAUGGGGCCUCCUGCUGCCGUCACGCCGCCAGAGCACGAUUUCUGUUCUCAUCCUGAAGAAAAAGUUCUUAACCCGAGGUACCAUUUCUGGGUUAGCGGAGUCUGUAACCUGAAGCGUAUGUAACCUGCAGCAUAUGUAACCCAAGGUACCACUGUACUUGGCUGAUCCUUAACCGUAAAGUGAGUAGGGCUCCAGAAACAUUGCCUCCUGAUUAUCCCCACCAGUCUCCAUUGCUCUGUCAUUGCUGCCUGUAAGUUGUGUGAGAGAGGGGCAAAGGGAAAGGCAAAGGAACAAAUCCCUUUCUCCCCCCCUUUUUAUUUAUUUUUUUAUUUUGACAAAGUAAUAAUCAUAAAUAAAUAAGAAUAAAUAUGUGCACUCUACCACCAAGACCAUUCUGUCGUAACUAUCCAGCCUCCCAAAAUUUCAACACUUCUUGCAAUGGUUUGACCCCUUUCCGUUUGAACAAUACAGAUUCUACAAAUCCCCUCCAUAUCUCCUCAGAUCCCCGUCUUACCUUAAUGGCACAUGUUAAUUUAUCAUUAAUAGCUAUAAUCCACACCUCUUUAUACCAUUCUUCCAUGUUAUAUUCUGCUUGCCCCUUCCACGUCCUAGCUAUAGUAAUUCAUGCAGCUGUCAAUAAAUUUGUGAGCAGGUCCUUCAUAGCCUGUGAACCUUCCACCCUAUCAUAAAUUGAUAAUAAUGCUACAAAUCUCUUUCUUCCGGUCGGCCCCACCCUUUGCCCACAUUGCAUUUUCACAUUGUGUUGGUGGCAUUGCAUUAGCGUUUGGUUCUCCUGCAGUUAUUGUGCUCCAUCUGCUGAGGGAGCGUAGGACUCUCAACAACAUUAUGGUGGCACCAGCAUAACAGCUCCUGGCACAGUGAGAAGAUAGGACUGGUCUGCCUGAGGAACAGAGCUGGGCUGCUGGGGAUGAACUUUCACCUGUUUUAUUGACUUGCCUUUCUUUUUCCUCAGGGAUGACCUUGGCAAGAUGACCUACUGUACCCUAUGCAUUAAAGAGAGCCUCCGCCUUUACCCUCCAGUGCCAGGAGUGUCCCGAGAGCUCAGCAAACCUAUCACAUUCUUUGAUGGACGGACUUUACCUGAAGGUUUGCUUCAUUUUGUUUCGCUCACAUAGCCAUAAUUUGUCUUUAUAGAUGUGAUCCACAUUGUCUUCCAUUGUAAAAGUGAGUUAUAGAUUAUAGCAAGAGCGCUUUAGCAAUGAAUCACUUCUCCUAGGUGAAUUCAAAAUGGUCAUUACAAUAUUCGUGACUUGUUGUUUUAGUGUUUAUAAUAUUAACUUGUAAGAUAUGGAUUUGUUUGUUUUUCUUUUUUAGUUUUCGAAUGUUGAUUUUUGUGUGUUUUGUAUUGUUAUCUUUUGAUAUCUUUCGUGUUGUUGUUGUUGUGUGGAAAAUACUAAUAAAAUUCAUUAAAAAAAUAUUCGUGACUUUAAAUCUGAAGCUUUGCUGCCUCAAACCCACUUUAACACUAUGGUUACUCCCUCAACAAUCAGAUAACCCAGGGUCUUGUAACACAACUUGACAUUUUUUCCAUGUUGACUUCUUCCCAGGAACUUGGGUUGCGAUAAGCAUUCAUCUCAUCCACAAGAAUCCCAGCGUAUGGAAGGAUCCUGAGGUAUGGUACUUCUUUGGUAUUCUAGCUAUUUUACUUUAAGGCAACAAUGCUCCUUCAGUUUGCUAGUGUGAAGUCAUUGCUAAAUACCAUUCACUCUGCAAAAACAAGCUUUUAAUGCAGCAAAGGUCCUUCUCAUCCACAAUCAGUUCAGGGAUGAGUGAGGUCUUGCUCCAAGACGACCAGGCAUUCAGCAAUACCAGCUGCAGACUGACUGCAAUUCCCCAUAUUGGAGGAGAGGCUGACACAUGGCAUAGUCACCUGUGCCCCUUACCUGGCCUGCCCCACCUCCCACACCAUACCUCCCCUCUACCCUGAACCUCUGUGAUUGUAUCCCAUUUCUCUCCACAGCUCCUCUGCUCCCAAAUACAUCUCCCCUCCCUAAAUAACAACAGCAAGAACAACAACAAACCCACACAAACAGUCCCCCAAGCCUUGCAGCCAAGAUGUCUCUGACAUCCUCAGCAGCCUCAGUUUUGUAGCUGCAGUCAGUCCAGUCCCUGCCCUCCUAGGCCAGGUGAAAGAGGCCUGCAAGGCAGGGAGCAGGUCCCCUAAGACUCACAGCCAAGAUGGUGUGGAGUGCCUUCCAUCAGCUUUGACUGGUAGGCCAGCUGCACCCUUAUCCGGAUAGGGAUAGCCUAACUUCUGUUGUCUAUCUUCUGGUAACCUCUAGGUUAGAUUACUGUAAUGAGCUAUACUUAGGGUUGCCUCUGAAGACCAGCUGGUGCAGAAUUAAGCAGCCAGGUUGCUCACCAGGGCAAUCUGGUUUGAGCACACCAUUCCUGGCCUGAUUGCACUGGCUGCCAAUUAGUUUCCAGGCCCAAUUCAAAGUACUGGUUUUGAGCAAUAAAGCCUUAAAUGGCUCAAAACUACAAUACCUUAAGGACCACCUCUCUGCAUAAGAACCACCCCAGUCCCUGUGAUCAUCACCUGAGGCCCUUCUUUGACUGCCUUCUCCACGAGGGGUUCAGUAGGUGGCAACAAGAGAACAGGCCUUUUCUGCGGUGGCUCGUGGCUUGUGGAAUGCUCUCCCCAGGGAGACUUCCCUGGUGCCUUCAUUGCAUAUUUUUAGGCACCAAAUAAAAACGUUUCUCUUCCACCAGGUGUUGGGCUGAUUAACAUUCUAUGGCUUUUAAAAUGUCAAACUAAUGUUUGGGGUUUGUUUCUCUUUUUAAAUAAUGAAUGCUUUCAUUUUAGGUGUUUGAUCCUCUGAGGUUUUCUCCUGAGAAUGUAUCCAACAGAAACUCUCAUGCCUUCCUGCCUUUCUCUGCUGGGUCACGGUGACGUUUAUAUAAUAUGGAUGUAAACUAGAGCAGUGUUUAAGAUAUUAAAUCGUAGUGGAAAAGCUAAACUCUGAAGACUCUGUAAGCUUGGCAUAGUGAAGAUGAAUUUAAAAUGCAUUUUUAGCAUGGGGGAUAUCAACAAAGUCACUUUCGGGUAGCUCCAAUCUUGCAGAGAAGUCGUUGUUAGUAUCUUCCAUCUAUGGGGGAGGUGAGGGGAAUCCUGCAGGAGUCCUGGGUAAGGUGGCAUCCAGGAGCAGGGCAUGCUUUCUACUUCCACCCCUCCCCUGCUACUUUGGCCAUUCCACUAGUCUACUUUCUUUUGCCCCAGAUCCUCCUCUCCUCUCUCCCUGCCACUGCUGCCCACUUUUUUAAAAAGCAGCUUUUUGGCAUCUGGGUUGCUCCUUUCUCCCUCCUCAGCUUCCACCUUGCUUGUGGCCCAGAGUCGUUUCUGGGGAAGUGAAGGGGAAGGUGGCUUCCUAUCAGUUUGCCACUACCACUUGCUCUCUUGCAUCACCCCCCCCAAACCCCUGCCUGGGCUGCAGGGCCCAGCACUUUGUCUUGAAUCUCUGCACUGCCCCCUACUACUUCACAAUUCCUUUGGGCACAGUCACAUGGAAAGGAGGUCCCCCACCCCUGCCUUUGGCCGACAGAAGCUUUAAUUUGGGCUUAUCCCCCAAUGCUCUCUGCACAUAUAUUCCCACCUACAGUAGGGGGGGGGAGAACAUCCUCCCUCUGCCUGGGGACCAGAGUCCAUUAUGGAUAAUCUGAUGAGAAUUGCAUGCCAGUGAUGGGGGGGGGGAGGUGCAUAGGAUGCAGUAGGUGUGGCCAGAUCCUGAAGUUCCCCACCCCUGACCUAAGGUGGAAAUGAUGCCAAAAGUGUGUGUGGGGGGGGGGUAGAGCUGCUCCCCCUUCUGCCAUGCUCACAGCAUCCUUCCAUUUGCACACACAAGCAUCCCCCAGCAUUAUCCCCACCCACCUGUAUUUACACAUGCACCUGUUUGGAUGUGUGUGCACACCCAGCUUUUCUCUCUUUUCCUUGCUAUUCAUCCUCCCCUCCUCUCUUUAUCUCUCCCCUUUCCCAGCAGCCUCCCUAUCCACCACCCAUAGGAUAGUUAGAAAGAAGCUUCCAUUGACAUCAGUGGAAUUCUGCCCCUGCCCCAUGUCUAAUUGUUAUCCGGGACAGUUUUCAGGGGAGGGAAGCAGGUGGAGGAAAGGAUGGCUAUUCCUUCCCUCUCCAGCUCCCAUACCCUGAAAAUCCCCUGCCCCCCCUUCAAUGCAGGACCUAUGGGGGAAAGGACCUAUUUGUGCAAAUGAGACUUUUUUUGGCAAGCCAAAUUGCCACACCUAGGGGGUCAGCUGCUGCAGGGGAGGUCAUGGGCCACAUCAAACAGUCCAGGGAUGUUCUCCAGCCUUGGGUCAAGGGCAUUUGCAGGAAGGUUCAGGUUUAGCAUGGAGUCUCCGCAAGCUGAGGUUCUCUGUUGUAACCCGCUCUCUUUGUCCUUCCAGGAACUGCAUUGGGCAGCAGUUUGCCAUGAACGAGAUGAAAGUGGCUCUGGCCCUGACUCUGCUUCGGUUCGAGCUUUCGCCUGACCCAACUCAGCCUGCGCCUAUCCCCACCCCUCAGAUUGUCUUGCGUUCCCACAAAGGGAUACACCUUCGCAUGAAGAAAGUGGCGCAAAUCUGAAGCUGCAGCGGGAAUAAUGUGCAGUGGAAGACUUGGAGCAGGACGUCGCAUAAAUCAUUUGGUGCUUCAAUAAAAGCCAUUUGUGGCUGAGCACAUUGAUUGGUGUGAGCUUUCGUGUUCAUAUACACAUCUUCAGAUACACUGAAACAAAAGUCACCAGGCCCUUAUAUAUAGUGAGAGGGUAUAUUUGAAGAAGUGUGUAUGCACACAAAAGCUCAUACCAAUAACAAACUUAGUUGGUCUCUAAAGUGCUACUGGAAGGAAUUUUUUUAUUUUGUUUCGACUACGGCAGACCAACAAGGCUACCUACCUGUAUCCAGGAGUGGGUCACUUGUGUAUCAUCUGGUUUGGCUCUACAGUAGCUCACUCAGCUGUUUAAUAAACAGAUAUGUACUGACAGAAUAAAACUGACGAUUGCGGCAUAGUG